CCCGUACCCGCCGCCACCGCGACCGCCGUUCCAGCCUCGACCGCAGGGUAGCGUGCUUGUGCCAUCUCGCCCACUGGGGCCACCUCGCGCUAUGGUACCACCUCGGCCCGUCGCGCCGCAGCAACCGCCUGCGGGUAGCAAGUGGGACAAGGCGCCGCACGCACCUCCUCCUCAAGUGAACUCUACGUCUAACCAGUGGCAGUGGGGUACAGGACGCGCCGAGAACCAGCAGCCAAAUCCCGCGGUACGCUACGGGCCGGCCACGGAGGUGGCCAGUGCAGCUCCAAAGAUGUACAACCGAACACCGCCCGCCGUGUCCAAGUUUUCGUCGCAGCCUCCGCCGAACGUGCAUCAGCAGCAAGCACCACCUGCAGGUGUCGAGUCGACGCAGUGGCCGCCAGCUCUCAAAGCCUACGUCGAGCGCGCCUUCAACUCUGCCCGAACCGAAGGCGACAAAUCGCGUGUCCAGGCCCUUCUAAAAGAGAAGAUCGCGUCCGCUUUGGCAGCAAACCAGCUCUGGACCAAGAACUGGAAUGCGGAGCCGUUGCCGCUGGAGGAGCAAGGCAGCACGAUGAUCGCGCCAGGGCCCAUGGGUCCCCGUCCUUUGCAUAUGCGUCCUCCUCCUCCUCGUCCUCUUCAUGCGGGUCCUCGCCCACUUGUGCCGCCGCCCCGUCCGGGCAUGGUGCCCCCCCGGGGCUUUGUCCCCCCACCCCGUCCCUCCGGUUUCAUCCCACUAGACACAUCCGGCCCGUCAUCCAAGUUUACGAAGCAGCCCAAGCGCAAGAUGAUGGACGACGACCCCGAUGGCCACGACGUCAAGCGAAAGCUAAAGCGGCAGCAGCGCUUCCUCAAGGACAGCUUCGUCGCCAACAAGACCCGCGCCCCCACCGUGGACGAAGACCGACCACUGCAAGUGCUCAACGACGACGGCGAAUUGGAUUUGGACGCCAUGAUCAUCAAGGGCACGAGCCAAAUCGUCGAGAAGGAGUACCUCCGACUCACUUCGGCGCCGCACCCGUCGACCGUGCGCCCGGAGCCCGUGCUCCACAAGGCGCUCGAGAUGGUGCGGAAGAAGUGGAAGAAAGGUAAGUGCGACUACAUUUACGUGUGCAGCCAAAUGAAGUCGAUCCGCCAAGACUGCACGGUGCAGCACAUUAAGAAUGCCUUUACGGUCCGCGCGUACGAGUCCCACGCGCGCAUUGCGCUUGAGGAGGGCGACAUGAACGAGUUUAACCAGUGCCAGACGCAGCUCGCGGCGCUCUACGAUGCGGGCAUUGAAGGCUGCGCGCUCGAGUUUCUCGCGUACCGCGUGCUCUACUGCAUCUACGUGUGCCUCCAGGCCAAGGCGGACGUCAACACUGGCAACGUGGCCAUGGCCAAGGUCCUCUCGCGCAUCCAGGCCGCCGACCGCGACGACGAGACCGUCGCCCAUGCCCUCGACGUGCGCGAAGCCGUCGCGCUCAACAACUAUACGCUGUUUUUCCACUUGUACGCGGCGGCGCCCAAGAUGAGCGGGUACCUCAUGGACGCCUACGUCGACCACGUGCGGCUGCAAGCGCUGCGCAUCAUGUGCAAGGCCUACCAGCCGCAUAUUCCUUUGGCGUACGUCAAAGAAAUGCUGCGAUUGGAAGGCGACGACGGCGACGCGUUUGUGGCCGAGAGCGGCCUCGCGUACGUGGACCCGGACCGGACCUUGAUCGACGUCAAGGCGUCCGAGAUUGUCACGGUGCGCAGCAACGCCAAGUCCCUCUUGUAGUGUAGCGCAGGGCGUGUAUAGGUAGACGAUGUAGAGUUUGAGUACAGUGUCACUUGAUCUUACGAAAGGUGUACUACGU